UGUCUGUGAAUCUUUGUUAUGACUUUUGUUUAGCUGCCAUGGCCAUGUGAUUGUAAAUUUCGUAAAAUUAUCAAUUUUCAUAACUAUCGGAGUUAGUGCACUAUUGCACAUAGUUAAUUAAAUCCACCAUGGAUCUAUUUGUCAUUAACAGGUAUCGAGACUCAGAUGACGAAGACAAUCCAGAAGAUAGAGAAUCGGCCAAUUUGAUAAAGUUAAAACAGAAGAUUGAAGAAAGGAAAAGAAAUGCAGUGAAAAAAACAACUGAUGAAAUAGUUUUAAGACCUCCAGUUAAAAGUGAAGAUAAACAAGACACACCUGAAAGAGCCAUUGCAGAUACAGUUGAAGACACAGAAACAUUGAAAGAAAAACCAGAACAAACUAAGAAGGACAAGCCUAGCACAGAAUUUAAGGUUCUUGGUGUUAAGGAGUUUCAACACAAAGUCACAGUUAAACGCAUAUUACCACAUUGGCUGUCCAAUCCGAUUGAAGUGUCAACUAAUCUGCAAAAUUUAAACUGCAAAGUGGAGGACCAAGACUGGCUCCACAGCACUCUGAAGUCCGUGUUGCUCAGUGAGGGAGUGACAGAUCUGUUCCCAGUACAGCAACUUGUCGUCCCAUCCAUUCUUCGCUCACACAAGUUGCCUCCUCCGUUCUGGCCAAAUGAUGUGUGUGUUUCGGCCCCAACGGGCAGUGGAAAGACAUUAUCAUUUGUUUUGCCUGUUGUUCAGAUUCUUAUGGAUCAAGUAGGUCACUGUAUUCGGGCACUAGUAGUUCUCCCGGUGCAAGAGCUGGCCACGCAGGUGUCGAAGGUGUUCAAGAAGUACACGGCGAGGACCAGCCUGAAGGUGGCGUUACUCUCCGGCUCCACGCCCUUGCGGCAAGAGCAGAAACAGCUGGUUAGAUACACUGAGUCCCAGGGUUGGAUAUGCGAGACAGACAUCAUAGUGUGCACGGCGGGCCGCCUCGUGGAACACCUGCAGAACACCCAGGGAUUCUCCCUCAAGCACCUCAAGUUCCUCGUCAUCGACGAAGCCGACAGAAUCAUGGACCACAUACAGAACGAUUGGCUCUACCACCUCGACCGCAGCAUCAAGCUAGACAACGAACUCAUGACGGGAAAAGACAACAGCCUCAGUUGGCGCAGUCUAACGGAACAACGGCAACCACCGCAUAAACUAUUAUUCUCCGCAACUCUGUCCCAAGACCCGGAGAAGGUCGAGCAAUGGAGUCUGUUCCAGCCGCGACUGUUCUCAGCGGCACCAAAGAGUAAAUACGAGGACGACACACAGAGUAUUAAGAAAUACACGACGCCGGAUGAGUUGCAGGAGCAGUUUGUGGUCUGUGAAGCGGAAGUGAAGCCGUUGAUUCUGUACCACCUGUUUGUCGAGAAGCAGUGGAACAAGGUGCUUUGUUUCACCAACUCGUCCCAGACGGCGCACCGGCUGGCGGUGUUGUUGACGACGUGGAGCGAGGGCCGGGUGAGGGUCGCCGAGCUGUCUGCAGCCCUUGAUAGGACUAAGAGGGAGGCUGUGUUGAAGAAGUUCCACCAGGCAGAAAUUGAUGUACUAAUAGGCACAGACGCGCUAGCCCGCGGCAUCGACAUCCCCGAGUGUGACUACGUGGUGUCAUACGAUCCUCCGCACAACAUCAAGACGUACAUCCACCGCGUGGGCCGCACGGGGCGCGCGGGCCGCCGCGGCGCCGCCGUCACCAUACUGCUGGGGAAUCAGGUUAACAUGUUCAAGGAAACCUUACAAUGGGAGAAGAAAGACGACCUUCCCAAGGUGGAGAUACCACAUGACAUCUACGAGCGGUUGUCGAGUAGCUACGAGAGAGCCAUCAACUCUACCAAACACGCGAUUCAGCAAGAAGUCACGUCACAGGUCAAGAAAUCAGUCGCCCUGAAGAGAGGAACGAAGAAAUCCAGACCAAUGAAGAGGAAAUUAAGCGAUUCUAAAGAAUAAAUGAUUUAUUUUGUUUAUGUUGAA